AUGUCCACGAAGGUGACGCUUUUGUUCGCGCAUGGCGGCGGUUUUUGUAAAGAGACUUGGGAUCCGAUCAUCCGUCGACUGAAGGAGUCGCAGGUUGUGCAGAGUGUUCCGACGGAGAUCGUCACGUUCGAUUUCCCGUACCAUGGCGACAAGCAUGACUCGGCGGCGGUGCAGUCUUUUGAGCACGACCUCGUCGGGUGGGUGGCUGGCGCUGUGCAAGAGCAGGUGGCGAAUUGGAAGGACAAGACCAAGAUGGAAGACGCGGAAGGUACAAAGCAACACAAACUCAUUGGUAUCGGCCAUUCCAUGGGCUCGGCGGGGCUCUGGGCUACGGAAGUCGCACACCCGGGAACGUUUGACGGCCUCAUUCUGUUCGAGCCUGUGCUCGCUCAAAACUCGCCCGAGACCGACUAUAUGAUCGACUUUAUGGUCGGAUUGACACUGCAGCGAGGAAAGACGUGGCCCUCUCGUGCUACAGCUGAAGAACACUUCCACAAGUUGAGGAACUUUGCCAAAUGGGACCGCGAGACUCUCGCUGGAUAUCUGCAAGGAGGUCUAGUUGAGGCUGACGACGGUACUGUCACCUUGGCUUGUCACCCAAACAUUGAGGCGUCCUUGUACUGCCAACCGCCUUUGUGGCUGACGGAGCACGAGCUUCAGCAGCCGAAGUGCCCCAUCACUUUCCACUGGGGAUCUCGCUCCAAAAUGUGGUUCCGUGAGCGAUUCGAGGGGUUGCAAAGUAAACUGCCGCACAUCUACACGAUGCGAGAGGCUAUGGAGGGCAACUCACACGUGUUGGUGUUGGAGGACCCAGAGUUGGCAGCGAAAAAAAUUGCGCAAGAUCUCGUGGAGCUCGAGCCAUACACCGCGACGUCAAAGAACAGUUUGCUGAAGUGUCAUCAAAGCAACUCAAACUUGAAUUUUUACGCUGACAUGUGAAUGACUUGUAUUAUUUUU